UUGAGAUUCAAAGUAAUCAGUCGUACCCAAUUACAGCAAUGCCACUCGAGAAGUUUGACAACCUAGAACUGCCGGCGACGGCUGACUUUCACGUCCAUCUACGAGAUGGAGAAAUGAUGUCGCUAGUCACUCCAACCAUUCGUGCAGGCGGCGUCAAUACAGUUUAUGUGAUGCCAAAUCUCGUGCCACCAAUCACAAGUGUUGAAGCUUGUCUCGACUAUAAGAAGCGCCUGCAAGAAAUCGAGCCGAAUGUGGAGUUCCUAAUGUCUUUGUAUCUGCAUCCAGAUGUAACUCCAACGACGAUCAUCGAGGCUAAAAAGGCUGGUAUUAUUGGCGUCAAAUCGUAUCCUGCUGGUGUUACAACAAAUUCUGCAUCCGGUGUUGUUGAUUAUGAGAGUUUCUACCCCGUCUUUGCCGAGAUGGAGCGCCAGGAUAUGAUUUUGAACAUACAUGGCGAGAGUCCUGCGACGAAAGACUCAGACAUCACAGUUUUAAACGCAGAAGAGCAAUUCUUGCCAACCCUAAAGUCGCUCCACCAAAAAUUUCCAAAACUUCGAAUUAUCCUGGAGCACUGCACGACAGCAAAAGCGGUCGAAGUCGUCAAAGAAUGUGGCGAUACUGUGGCAGCUACUAUCACGGCACAUCAUUUGUUUCUAACAAUUGACAAUGUGGUAGCUGACCCAUUUUGCUUCUGCAAGCCAGUCGCCAAAACGCCGGCAGACCGGAAUGAACUGUUAAGAACCGUCGUCUCUGGCCACCCAAGAAUAUUUUUGGGCACAGAUAGCGCCCCACAUUCAGUCGUAGCCAAACGUGGCGGAGAUAAGGGACUAGACAAAGCAGCUGCAGGCGUUUUCACUCAGCCAUAUGCUACUCAAACUGUUCUGGAUGCUCUUGAGGAAGGCAUACAACAGAACGUGAUCAGGGAGGAGGAUGUGACUGUGGACAAGCUCAAAGGGUUUUUAAGCGGAUUUGGUAGAGCCUUUUAUCGUGCAUCAGACACGAAAGGGGAGAAAAUUGUGCUGAAACGCAAGGCAGAUGUAGUGGUCGAUUCAUUGAAAUCGGGUUCGCUUGAAGUCAUUCCAUUCAGACGGGGACAAAAAACAUGGAAAGUGGAAUGGAGAUAAAACUAUGUCCUAUUACAUGCACGGCAUCGCUGAUCUUGAUGACAAUGAUGACCUAAAAGGAGUGAACGUUAACAGCAGUCAUGUUGCAUUGGAAAUAUGUCGGAAGCUUGAAGUUCCUUAGAGGCUAAUUGAGCGCAUUAAAAUAUACAUUAACGGUAGAACAACUUGCGUGGUUCAAGUACGGCGUAAAUGGUAGAGUUGAAGAGGCAUUUCGAUCAAUUUAACAUGCUCUUACGAUG